UAGAGACGGACGGGUAUCACAUGACCUAUUAUAGCACGUGCAUUUUGCGUAAUUAAAAUCGGUUCCGAUUCUUUUUUUACGCAAUCCGUAGACAAGAUAAACAACAAAAUGGCAGACGACCGCGACCGCCUUCGUGUUCGCGGUCGGUUUAUAAGGAAAGACAGAUUUAAAAAAUCAACAAGGAUGGACUCUUUGAAUGAGAGUGGUAAUUUGAUUCAAAGGGGAGACCAUGAUUAUGGUUCGAGGGGAGAAAUGCCAUCGGAACAGACAAAAGAACAGACACCGGUAUUAGUUGAAAACAUUGCCUCGAAUGUUACGGUUUCAACUGAUAUCGGACAGAGUAAAAACAUCUCAUGGAAUGAAGGCAGGAGGGUUGUUGAGUUGGAAGUUCUAGCGGAACAACUCUUCUGCAACAGAUGCAACACCCCACUCCAUCUGAAGGAUAUAGUUGGUGAAAUGAGGUACGGCUUAGGUAGUCUUUUGGAGGUGGCAUGUCAGAUAUGCUCUGGUAUGAAACUGGUAUCUACAGGCAAGCGGAAUGAGAAAGGAGCAUUUGAUAUUAACUCAAAAGUCGCUCUUGCAAUGAUGCACUCUGGAAUGGGUCCUGAUCAUGUUGUGAAUUUUCUCAGCACAUGUAACAUACCCCCACCUGAUCCUAAGACACUGAAAAAGAAGGAGAAAUGCAUAGCAUUGUCACUUAUUGAUGAGGCAUCUGAUUCCUGCAUAACUGCUAGUGCAGAAGAAAAAGCUAUUUCUCCAAGUGAUGAAUUAGAAUGCAGUUUUGAUGCUGGUUGGCAAACAAGAGGCUCUGGUUGGCAAUAUAACAGUAACACAGGACAUUCCAGUCUAGUUGGUGUAAAGACUGGUAAAGUUCUAGACUAUGAUGUAAGAAGUAAACUAUGCAGUAUAUGCCAGCAUCAUUUGGGAAGAAAGGAAACAGUUCCAAAUCAUCAAUGCAACAGUAAUUGGCAUGGAUCAAGUAAAGCCAUGGAGCCUGACAUGGCUUUAUCAAUGGUUACUAGGAUGGACAACAGAGGGUGCACAGUCGGCAUAAUUCACGCAGACAAUGACUCUACAACAUCAUCAAGGCUAAAGCAAAAGUUUGCAAACAUAAAAAAAAGAGACGACAAAAACCAUGUCAAGAAAAAUCUGUCGAAACAACUGUAUGCAGCAGCAAAUAAGUACAAAGAGCUGAAGGGGAAAGGAGUCAUUCCAUACAUACUUAGAUGUUAUAUGUAUGCCAUAAGUUCAAACCAGUCAAAGGAGAAUGAUCUUUGUGAAAGAUUAGACAGUAUAGUUCCUCACCUAUUUGGAGACCAUUCAGGCUGUUCUGGGGAUUGGUGCACAUAUUCCAAGCAACCAGAAACUUACAGAUAUAAACAUCUCCCAAAAGGUGAACCAUUGUCAAAUGAAAACCUGCGUAAACAAUUAGAGACAAUGACAGAAAAUUACAAGAAAAGAUCAAGCCAACUUGUAGAUUUAGGCUCAACACAGAGCAAUGAAAAUUUCAACAAUAUAGUGGCAAGCAAGGCUCCAAAAAAUAGAUCAUAUGGUGGAACCAGCUCAUUAAAAGCAAGAGUUUCAGCUGCAGUUCUUCAGAAGAAUGAAGGUUAUACCUGGGUUAACAAGGUUAACAAGAAAGCAUUGUUGUCACCAGGCACAAUCUCUGUAAGAGUUGGACAGAGGAUUGACAGAAAGAGACUCUGGCAAAAGAAGAAUAGCUCCUCAGUUCUUUUCAAACGUGACAGAUUUAAAAGAAAGAAUAAGAAAACCUUUCAACAAAUUAAGGCAGCUGUUAUAGAAGGAGAAACAUAUCAACCACAAAUUGAAGAAAAUGUGUCAGUAAGAGACAUUGAAAAAAUUCCAACAAAAUAUUCUUUGGAAGGCAUAGACAAUUAUGUUGUUUUUGAUUUAGAAACAACUGGGUUAUCAAGAACCUCUGAUAUUACACAAAUAUCAGCAUAUGAUGGGACAAACAUGCUAAAUCUGUAUGUGUCUCCACGACAAUCUAUUUCAUCAAAGGCCAGUGAUGUUACCGGUAUUACUUUCUCUUUUGAAAGAAACCAAAUGUAUUGCCAUGGUGUUCCAGUUGAAAGUGUUUGUAUAAGAACAGCCUUACUUCAACUAAUUGAAAUGAUACAGAAAAAAUCUCGUCCUGUGCUUGUUGGUCAUAACAUCCAUUCAUAUGAUGUUCCUGUACUAAGAAAUUUGUUGCACGAGUUUAAUCUGCUGAGUUCUUUUGAUGACUUAAUUUAUGGAUGCAUUGACACUUUGAAAAUUGCAAAACGUGAAAUACCAAAAGCUGAUGUUCUAAAUUAUAAGCAGCAAACAUUAGUUCAAAAGUUUCUGGAGAUUGUUUAUGAUGCUCAUAAUUCUGAGGAGGAUGUUAGAAGUUUAUACAAACUGUUCCAUCUGAAGCUGAAACAGACAUGUUCUGGAAAGGAUUUAUUUCCAUUUAAUUAUUUGUCAAUUGUAGAGGGUUUUUCUAGUGUCAUUGUUAAAAAGAUUAUUUCUAAAGACACUGCAAGGAAACUGUCCUGCACAGGUCUCAACCUUCAUCACCUGGAACUUGCUUACAAAAGAAACAAUGACGAUGGCGUAAAAUCCAUCAUGCAGGAACAUGGUUUGAAAGGGAAAACAGCAAAUGUAUUCAAGAAGUUUUUUUCUGAAAAAGAGGAAUAGACUGUAAAUGUGGUUAAAGACUCAUAAAUUUCAUAUUUAUAUGCUAUAAUUCUAUAGAAAAACUGGUUAUGCCUAUCUAAAAAUCUAAUCUUUUGAAACAACCCUUGAUAAUAGUUGAUUAUGAUUAAAGUGAAGUUUUUACUAAAUUUUGAGUAACCAAAGAGUAAUCACACUUAAAAUAUAUAUAAGAAUUAGGGAUUUGUUAUAAAAUUGCAGCAUCGUUUAAUAAUUACUCUGUCUGUAUGUCUGUCACAGUUUCCUUUUCUGUACAAUAAAUCAAGUUUGCCUCGACAGAGUGAAAAAAAUUAAUUCACAACAAGUAAAGUAUUUUCCUGUCAGAAUAAAUAUUUUCCAUUUAGUCAAUAAUGGUGUAUAACUUCCUGAAGCCUGAAGGAUUAUUUCUCAUAUAGAUUUUUAUUUUGAUUGACCAAUUUUUCAUCAGAUCAUUAUGAACUUUUAUACAAAAGUAGGUGCUAUUGUAACAAUAUAAGUCCAUAGUUAUCAAAGUUAUCAACUGAUUCUUAAUAAAGGGGAGAUAACUUUAAUUUAUAUACAUAAACCAACAUAAUAAGCAUUAGGCUAAGCCAUA